AUGGCGGGUGCGGACACUUCGAAGCAGGUGCAGCUUAUGGAGUUGCUGAAGAAGGAGGUGAGAUCACUGCUAGUGGCUGCCAAAGAGGGCUUAACCCCGAGGCAGCUGGAGCAGGAGUACAUGGCCAUGAUUGGCAGACCUCUCCCUCUACGUGACCUGGGCUUCCAAUCCACCUUGGAGCUGGUGUCAAAUAUGCCUGAAGUUGUCAGAGUCUGUCCUUAUGAGAAAGGCACUUUUAUCCUCAAAGCCAUUGCAGAUGAGACCACCAAAGCGAUUGCCAGACUGGUUGCCAGACAGAGGAAAAGUGCUAGGGCACGGAAGAGUGUUGCUGCGAGGGCACAUGCUGCUUCUCCCUGUAAUAAACCACAGAGUUUCCCUCGGAGGGGCAGAGCUCCUGUCCUGCCAGCAAGAGUGAAGGCUGAGCUGCAGGAUCUGCUGAGUUCCUCACCGCUUUUGCUCUUGGACUUUGAUAAGGCCUUCUUCAGACGCUUUGGCCGGGCAUUCCAGUACACAAAAUAUGGAUUUUUAUCCAUGUUUGAUGUCCUCAGAAGUGUGUCUGAUAUCAUUGUGGUUGAACAGACAAGAGCAGGUUCCUUGCUGACCCUGAAGAAGUACCUGGCAAGUGAGAAAGAGAAAGAGGUACCACAAGGUGAGGCGGUCCAGAUUAAUGUCUUUGCAGCAGUACCUGCAGUUGAGAAGCCCCCCAGCCAGGGGACAGAGAACUUCUGCCUGACAGCAGAAGAGAAGUCUGAGCCAGUGGAAACACAAGCGGUAGAUUUGGGUGAUGGCCUCAAACAACUUCAAGAUUUGGAGCAGUCCCUGCUAGACAAGUUGAUAAUGACUCCAGAAAUCCCUCCAGAUGCUGUUCAGGACAAAAGCCUUUGCAGUUUACCACCACUGGAGAGAAGGUGCCUGGUGGGAGUCUCUGUGGAAUUCAUCAUCUCUCCUAGCCAAUUCUACAUCCACAUCUGCAGCAGGGAAACAUCUGAUAAACUGCAGGAUAUGAUGUUUGAGAUGAGACAGUGUUACUCAAAUAAACUUGUUUCUGAUCGUUAUAUCAUGCCUGAAUCUUCAGUACAACCUGGACAGCUUUGCUGCGUAACUGACUCAGAAUGGUGGUACCGUGUUGUCAUCCACUGUGUAGUCAAUGAUAAAGAAGUAGAGGUGUUCUACCCAGAUUAUGGAAACCUCAAAAUUGUCCAAAAGUCUCGGCUGAGAUUCCUCAAGUGGUGCUACCUGAAGUUCCCUGCUCAGGCAAUCCCAUGUUCCUUGGCAUGGGUAAAGCCCGUGGAGGGUACAUGGUCCAGUGCAGCAACUCUGCUAUUCAAGGAGCUGUGUAGCUCCAAGCUUCUUGUGGGCAUCGUGGAUGAGUAUGUGAAUGGCAUUUUGUAUCUCUUCCUGUGUGACACGUCCACCGAAGAGGAUGUCUACUUCCACUGUGUCUUGCAGGAUGGGGGAUGCGCUCGUGUCUGCGGAGAGAACCUCCCUUCGCAGGAAUUCGAGGAACUGAAUCCUUCAGCCUUGUACGUUCAGCCCAGUGGAAAGCAGGAGAAUGCUGAACCGGUGGACCCAGACAUUUGCUUGCAGCAGGAAUCUCUAGCUGCAGAUAGUGAAAUAGCAACCUCAGCGCUGGGUGAGGAUGAACUGUGUGACCAGCAACUACACCUGUCUACUAAGAAGGAAAUAUGGGAUGUGUGGCCACUUUUGGAUGAAGCGAGCAUGACAAGAACAGCAGACCAAGACCCUGAACUUGGACAGGAGGAUACAAACAAAACUUCUACAGAGCUUAUGGCAGUGGUUAAGGCACCUCAUGUUCUUGGAGAGUCUUCACUGCCUGCUGUCUUAUUCAAGUCAGUGGAAGACUUCUAUACGGCCUUUAUCUGCGCCAGACAACCAGCAGAAAAGAGCCAAGAUGACACAGAUCAGAUAGAAAGAUUUUCCAACAAGGCCCAACUUCGUGAGGCUGUACAUCCCUCUGUUCUGCUUAUGGCAAUGCCAUUUAUACUGGACAACCGUAACGAUGAAGAGAAAAUGAAGAAUAAAGACCUUCCCGGGAGUCUUGCAGUUGGCCUGUGUGCUGCCCGUGGGCUGUAUGACCAAGGGCCGUCUUGGAAACUGUAUGUCCCUCCUACCACGCUGUCUGCAGUGGUGGCAGCUGCACGCUUAGCCACUUCCAGUGACUACUUCCAGUGGCUCCCCAGCCUGAGAAAGAAGGUGUGAAAAGAGGGGAGAAGAUGAAGCAGCUGCCAGGGAAGGUUGCCUCGAGCAGCAAAGGCCUUCUGUAUGACCAUGCUGUCAUUUUCUUUGUUCAGGAACAUUUAAUCCCUUGAAAAACCUAGUCUGACAUCUUCUAUAGAUGUGCCCAGUACAUGGGAUGUUACUUUUACUUUCAGGAAAAUAUUUUGUUUUGUUGUACUGAUUUAUUGCUCUUUAAUGUAAUGUUUCAGGAAAACACCUGAGUGUCACAUUGUGUUAUAUAUCUUCUAAGUUUAGGAGAGGGAAACUGGCUACCUGUCCCUCCCUCCUUCAGUACUCGCUAAGUUUUGGUAUUGGGUGGGGGAGAUGGUUUUGGUUUUUAACACAGUGGAUGCUCUACACACGCUGCUGUUAGGAGAGAGAGCUGGUUGUAUCCCAGCUCAGGCCUCAAUCCCUGGAAGCGCUGGUAACUUGCAAAAUGAAACCUCCUUCCCCAAGAAGGUGCUCUGAUUUGUUGGUGAAUUAGGAUGCCACAUGUAUGAAGUGUCAGGAAUCCCAUGUUACAGGCACUGAAUUAAAUAAACCUGUAAAGAACCCAGUGAGAGGAAGCUUGAAGCGUGAUGCUGGCCUUGUUUAUGUAGCUCCUUGCUGUGGCAAGAAAUCCUCUUGGGCUUAAGUCUAACGCAGAGAAGAGCUGUGAAAGUACAAGUGUCCUGGUUGUGAGUGCUGGCGUUCUGCUGGCUUGCUGGUGCCUAGACUGUUC